AUGGGGCUGGAGAUGGGCCAGAAACACACCAUUGUGAAACAUUCCACCACCUGGAGAGGCCGUGCACCAGAGCAAGACGAGGUUCAGUCCCAUAAUGGGCCACCUCAGUCUCCUGAGUUGAAUGACACAGGGUCGGGGAACAGGCGCCUGGGCCAUCUCCGGGAGACCCAGAGGCACGCACUGCUGGGGGCGGGGCGGGGACGCGGGGUGGGGGUGGAGACGGUGCAUCCUUGGUCCCCGAGCGCUUUAUCGCUCCGCAGUAACCUGGAGAAAGCCCCGCUCACACAUCAGCACCCGCUUACACACGCGCGAGCGCGCACAAACAAGACAGCCGUCCCAGGAAAAUCGCUGUCCCGCACCCACGUGCGGGCCCCACGCCAGAAGCGUCGCCCCUGGCCACGUCCCGGGACCCCCGGAGAGAAGGCUCCACGCCCGGGAUGGGGGCGGGGUAGUUUAGAGACCACUGAGCAGCGGCUCCAUCCCCGGGGCCACCGAGCCGAGCCUUCAUCCUCGGGGGGCGGGUGGAGGCGGGGACAUGACACCCCCUCCGGGGGAGGUCCCCCCCUCCUCGGCCGAGGUUCUGGGGCCAGACUUCGGGCCCCGCUACCUGCACAUCUUGGCAACCACCGACCCAACAAGCCAACUCGCCCGCCUCAAACAAGUGCCCGCCGGGUCCGUGCCGGGCGGGGGGCGGCUCCAGAGACAAGGGAAAGGCUUUGCGAAGCAGCGCGCCGGCCCUCCCGAAGACCACAGUCAACUCACCCGCCUUCUGCCUUCCCGUUAAUCCUUCUUUCUGCCGCCCCUGCUAACUGGCAACUCAGGGGCACCCGGGGUUCCCGAGCGGAGCUGGCGGAACCUCCUCCUCCUCCUCCUCCUCUUCCUCCUCCUCCUGCAGUCCUCUGCUACACUUGCAAGACCACUGCUUUCCCUGCCUCCCCAACAAAAAAGGAGGGAGCAGCCCGGGGAGAGAGGGGACCUUCUGUCCUCCACAAACGAGUCCCCGAGCCCUGUAGCGGUGGGGAGGACUGGGGGGCCGCUGCUGCCACUGCCCCGGCUGCCGCCACAAGCUACUUUCCCAUUCAAAUCUCGGGCCGCCCUGGCUCCGGCACCCCGCCCCCCACCUCGUUGCCCCGAAGCUCCCGAGGAAACCAGGAACUGGAGUCCCAGAGAACGGAACGGAGUUCCGGGAGCAGGAGACAGAGGGCAAAGGACUGGGGGCUGGAGGCAGGGGGCGCUGGGAGAGUGGAGCCGGAGGAGAAGGGCACGCGAGCCGGGAGGGGAGGGCAGCGACUCCUGGCUUCCUAACCCCAUUCCAGCAUCUCUCCAUCCCACACACCCGAUCUCUGUCCUUACUUACCUACCCUCAGGCUCUGGAGAAUGGAAAUUGCUAUCUCUGGAGCGAUCCUUAACUUCCGGGCAAACGGGAUCCUCCACACUCCUUGGCACUCGGUGGUUUCUGCUCAAUGAAGACGCUGCACUCAAAAUUGCUCCCCUCCAGACUUACAUGAAGUGAGAUUUACUAAGUGAAGUGAGCAGAGCCAGGAGAUCACGGUUCAUGGCAACAGCAAGAUGAUCAAUUGUGAUGGACGUGGCUCUCUUCAAUAAAGAAAUGAUUGAUGCCAUUUCCAAUGAUCUUGGGAUGAAGAGAGCCAUCUACACCCAGAGAGAGGACUGUGGGAAAUGAGCGUGGGUCACAACAUAGCAUUCUCACUUUUUGUCAUUGAUAGUUUGCAUUUUUGUUUUCUUACUCGUUUAUUUUUUUUAUCUGAUUCUUCUUGCUCAGCAAGAGAAUUGUAUAAAUAUAAAUAUCCAAUAUAUUGGAUUUAACAUAUUUUAACAUGUUUAACAUAUAUUGGAUUGCUUGCCCUCUAGGGGAGGGGAUGGGAGGAAGGAGAAAAUCUGAAACAAGGGCUAUGUAAGGGUCAAUGUUGUCAAAUUAUCCGUGCAAAGCUUUAUUUAAAAAAUAAAACAUAAAAUAAAUAUUCCU